CAUCCAGUUUAUUUUUGAGGGUGUUAUCUAUGAGACGUCGCCUUGAACUCUUGAGGUCAUGACAGAAGAAAGUUUCAGAAUCUGGACCAAUCAGAAAGCGGUCCUAGGUUCUAGAGCCCUCCCUCGCGGACCAAUCACAAUCCUCGAUGGGCAGAAGGAACCAGCAACUCCACAACUGAUAAAAUGUUUCGGCACUGUUCGCCGUUUCAAACAACAAGUGUGUCAACAACAGAGGUGCGCAGCUCAGAGUUUCAUUUCCAAAAGUGCUUUGAGAUCUUCAGACCCGGAUAUCAGUGUUAAACUUCAGUGGAUUGAAGGCAGAAUUUCAACUUUUGAAGUUGACUUUUUUACCGCGCGGUUUCGCAUCAUCUUUGCUAGUGUUGAUCCGUCACCAAUUCACCGACACUUGACCACUAGUGCCUCACCUUUGGAUAUUUUCAUCUUUCUAUCAAGUGCUUCUUGUACCCGUUCCCCUCAAGCGAAUAUUUUGGAGAUAUGACCGCAUUUGCGGGGGGCAUUUCCAGGAUGAUGCGCCCCACACCACCCCAGAACUACCCGAGAGGAGGCUAUUCCUUAGAGGUGUCCACACCGUUAGGUCAGGGCCGCGUGAAUCAGCUCGGUGGAGUGUUCAUAAACGGACGACCUCUGCCCAACCACAUCCGUCAUAAGAUAGUAGAGAUGGCCCAUCACGGGAUACGACCGUGCGUCAUCUCCCGACAGCUGCGCGUCUCACACGGAUGCGUGUCCAAAAUUCUGUGCAGGUACCAGGAGACUGGAUCUAUUCGACCCGGUGCUAUUGGCGGCAGCAAACCCAAGCAGAGUACAGCUCCCGACGUGGAAAAGAAAAUUGAAGAGUACAAGAGAGAGAAUCCAGGGAUGUUCAGCUGGGAGAUUCGGGAUAAACUUUUGAAAGAGGGAAUCUGCGACCGAAACAACGUGCCUUCAGUAAGUAACAUCAGCCGCAUGCUGCGCUGUAAAUUUGGUGGAAACGGAGAUGAAGAUGAUGAGGAUGACGAUGAAGUUGAGAAAAGAGAGAUGGAGGAAAACGAAAGAAGAGGCAAACACAGCAUAGAUGGGAUUCUCGGCGACAGAUCGAGUCACUCAGACGAGGGCUCUGAUGUGGACUCAGAACCGGGUUUGCCACUGAAGAGGAAACAGCGCCGUAGUCGGACCACGUUCACGGCCGAGCAGCUGGAGGAGUUAGAGAGAGCUUUUGAACGCACACACUACCCUGAUAUAUACACAAGAGAAGAGCUCGCACAAAGAGCCAAACUCACAGAGGCACGAGUGCAGGUGUGGUUUAGUAACAGACGAGCUCGUUGGAGGAAGCAGGCUGGAGCCAAUCAGCUGAUGGCAUUUAAUCACCUGAUUCCCGGUGGCUUCCCGCCCUCUGCCAUGUCAAGUUUGCAGCCCUAUCAGCUGGCGGACAGCCCGUAUCCUCCAUCAUCUAUUUCACAAGUGUCUGAGCAACCCAGUACGGUUCAUCGACCUCAACCUCUGCCUCCAACUUCAGUGCAUCAGACUGGGCUUGGCAGCGGACCGGGACCGCAGGAGGGGAGUUCGGCCUACUGCCUCUCCUCCGGACGCCAUGGCUUCUCUGGUUACUCGGAUGGCUACGUGGCCACGCCAGGCCAUGCAAACUCAGUUAACUCUGCCAUCAGCAACGGCAUCCCAUCACAGGUGAUGGGACUGUUGAAUCCGGGCGGAGUUCCCCAUCAGCCCCAGAGUGAUUUUGCUCUCUCCCCGCUGACGGGCGGUUUGGAGCCCAGCACGGGCAUGGCUCCCAGCUGUCACUCCUCUCAGAGACUGGAGGCUCUGUCGGGUCUGCCAAGCAUGCCAACGCUGCCCAGUUCUCAAUCCUACUGCCCUUCCAGCUACAGUUCAUCUGGCUACAGCGUGGACCAUGUUGCAUCUUACCAAUACAGCCAAUAUGGACAGAGCAAGGUGCCUUUCAUUAUCUGAACUUCAGCCUUGAUCGCCUGAAAACGACAGGAAGGAGACUAAAACUGUGGAUGGUUUGACUGUAAACUCCGGCACUUGAGCUCUUCUUCACCUCUUGAAUGUUUGACCAAAUUGACCGUCCGUCCUCCACCUCCCACUCCUGGAUCUCUGACGCUCAGAAGACACAGCGCUCCUCUGUUUCCAAGCUCCAAAUGUGCAACUAAAUUAUUGGGAGAGACAAAUUGUGGCUAGGGUCAGUUUGGGUUGGGGUUCGGGACGGGUUAGUCUCCAUCCAUCCUCCUCUGGAGUACCGCAUCACGCGACAAAACUUACAACCUCCUUCCUGAAACACACGCCGUGGGACACGAGGAAGACAAAGGGAAAAUCGAAAGGAAAUACAAAGGACUAAAUGAAAACAGAGACUGUGCAUGUAAAGCGUAUCGAAUGGCAGGGAAACGUGUUAUGCCGUUACGUUACUCUGUUAUUGGCUGUCACCUGACGGACGCACUUUAGUGACUGGUGUCCAUUGCAACGCAACGUGACAGUGACACAAGAUUUAAAAAUGUAUGAUUUUGCUUGAUUUCUGUUAUAUAAGGGCUCAGAAAAGACAGAGACGUGACAACUUUGGUCAUUUCUUCAUUGGUAAAUAAAUGAAACAUGUUCACAUUCAGCACAAAGCUCUCAGGUUCUCGAGAGAGAGAGAGAGAGAGAGAGAGAGAGAGAGAGAGAGAGAGAGAGUGACCUGUGUGGAAUGCACUCAAGUGUCUCUUGGUAUUUUAGUCUUUUCGGAGAGAUAGAGAGAGAGAGAGAGAUAGAGAGAGAGAGAGAGAAAGUGAGUGAACGUGUGUUACUCUCAUAAUAGUCUAUCUGGACUAAAGAGGAUGAGAACGACCCCUUUACUACCAAGAGUUUCAAAAUGAAAUACUACAGUACGGCUUAUCAGAUACAGCGUGGUAUACAAUGUAUACUAUUAUUAUUUUUUAAUUGAUGAAGCAAUGCAGUAGUCUGCUAUUUUGUUGCAACGUUACAUUCAUUUAAUUCGGACAGCGUGCCAAGAUGUUAAAAUGCAGCUGAAAUUACGUCCAGUUCAUUUUGUGACGCUGGGAACUGAUGGUUGUACUGUCUGCUGUUUGAUCAAAACCAGAGAGACUCACACAAACAUUACAAAAAAUAAAACCCAAUGAAAGUGCAAUACACACUUAAUACCUCAUUAACACUCAUCUUCUCUCGCUUGCUCACAAAUCUCAUCCGUUCUUAAGCAUCAUGUUAUGUUUAUACUAUGUAUUCUUUUUUUUCCAUUCCAGAUGAUUCCAUUGUUUUAUAAUUUAUGUGUAGAUACAAGCAUCUUUCGUUCGUCUCCUGCAACUGUGCAAACUUUGUCAGUCCUCACCUGCAGGUCUUAUUGAAACAAUGAUUUUUUUUACCUUGUUGUUUUUUUAAUACUUUGUUUUUUGUCUGCAUAUAAUUGCUAAUGGAUAAUGUGUCAAAUGCAGCACUAUUUACUAUUUAUAAGAAAAAUAAAUAAAUUGCCUCCA